AUGGAGAACAUCAAGCAGCCGGUGAAGGAGGUGCCCCCCCUGCCUCGGCUUCCUGUGACUUCAUCCUACGGGAAUCCUGCUGCCGGCUCCAAAAAACACCCAGGAUCCCUUCAGCAUGUGCAGGUGGCCUCAUCAGUGGUAUCAUCGUUCAACUAUUUGAGACCUCCGGAGAGAGAUCUUACGCCAACAUCCCACAUGAAAGCUGUUAAGUCCAUGAGACAGGCAGGACUAACAGCAGUUUUUACCGGACAAAAUGAGGCAGUGGAGAAGACGCCCGUCCCUGAUGUGAUCCUCGGGGACAUCGAUGCCUUGGUGCCGACUCACGAUGAGGCUGGACUUCCCAUCGUGGAGUGGAAGAGACAGGUGAUGGUGCGACAGCUACAGGUCAGGCUGAUGGACCAAGAGGAAGACAUUAAACAGAGCACGACAUCUACCCAACCUACAUUUGAUGACUAUAAAUACUCUGAAGCCCACAAUGCCGUCCUGGGUCCUUUUGGCGAGCUGCUAAGUGAAGAUGACAUCGUCUAUCUCGAAAAACAGAUUGAAAACGUCUCCUUCCAGAAGAGCUGUCAGGUCUAUGAGCUGGAGCUGACCCGGCUAACCAAAGAGCUAAAGGCCAUUUUCCCCGACCCUAUCGUCAACAUUUCCCUCAACACAGAAGCCCUCCAGCAAAUGGACGCCGAGGGACGCCGCACUCUGCAAAGUUGGUGCAGCCGCGUCUCUGAAAUGGUCAAGAACAUUUCGCUGCUUCUCGCUCAUUUGAGUCAAAAAACAGGUCAAAGUGGUUGUAGGAUACCCCACAUCGGCAUGGUGACAGCGUUCAGUCAUCGUUUAGAGGCUAAAGCCCAGAGGGAGAAGGUGCAAGAAGAAAUCCAGCAGUCUGGCGUGUCAGUGAGCAGUCUCCGGACCAACUUUGAAGGUCAGAUCGGAGGUUUGUAUCCCUUCGCAGGCGUUCUGAAAGAAGAUACGGGAAAGAGUUAUUCACCUGACAUGAAAAACAUACCAGUGAUGGAGAGCAGCAGUUUGAGGAAAGAGCGAAUUGUCGUGUUGUUUCUGAGUCACUGGAAGAAGUCGGCUUAUGCCAUAUCAAAGAGAUCGGCCAAGACAAAACAGAGUAAACAUCAAGGAACCACACAGCAAAAAGGGAGCUCCAUGCUGCACUUCUGUCAGCAAAAAUGCGCCGUUGACAAGAUGCUGAACUCGUGGAAGACUAGGCUAGACAUCAACGCUACCCACAGGACACAUAACAACAAACUCCCAUCUGUAACUUACUCUCCUGAGCAGUUCGUACCGGAUGCGAACGGCGAUGUGGUGACCUACGACAGCUUAACCCUCGAUCUGUUCAUGCUGGGGUACUUCCACAUCCUCGAGCAGCCGCUGUCAGCAGAGGAGAGGAAAAUGAGGCAUCUUCUGUGCUUUGAGGUGUUCGAUCACGUUGGAGCGUUCCCCUGGGAGACGGUGAGAGACUUCCACAAAGCCGUUCUUCACGAGAUUCAGACCGGAAGGCGACAAUGGUGCGAUGGGUUCGACGAUAUUAAAGCUCACUUCUUCGGGGACUCCAAAGCGUACUGCUACCCUGACAUCUCGGUGUUGCAGGAGUCCAGGCUGGUGCCCAGUGUGAGAGUCCACUCCUCUGGUCCCGAUGAGCGCGUGGGCGGCGCAGACGUGUCCUAUUACAACAAUGAAGAAGACAUUUGUAAAUAUAUUGAUCGGAGCUUCGCCUUCUGGAAAGAGAAGGAGGCAGAGCUGUUUGACUUUGAGCAUACGACCAAAGGGUAA